GAUUGCAGGUAUAGACUUCAAUCCAGCUUCUGUAUAUAUCGUUUGCGAUCAUGCAAGCGCUGUCAUCAAAUGAAUCAAUUUAUCUCUACCACUGUUUCCUUUAAUACACAUAUUUGAAGGCAUGCGAAAAACAAAUCAUGCAGCACUGCCAGCAGCUCAGCCUCCUUUAUUGUGAUCACAGACAUAAAUGCCUGUACUGACGCUAUCACUCAGCUGACAGCCUUCUGCACCACACUUUCUUCUGUCUUUCCGCACACACAGCCUCGGACUCAUCCGCACCACCUCGAUCACAUUCACCUUGCCACUCCAGAAAACAAAAACAAAAAAAUAACCUAAGCUUCAUGAACCCCUCAAGUGCGCCCUCCCUUUCGAGAAGUCAUCAUAAAUUCAUCAUCCAAAGCUGCCAACGCUUGUCUUCCUUGUAUACAAUCUGGGGGACAACUCACUAAGAGCGGGCCAUCAAAUUCCUCAUCAUCCGUCAUCAUUUUCCCCAAAACUCGGGCCCUUGACGGACCACGCGCGUACCUCAUAGGGAGAGGCGUCCUCAACCAUCCUCCCUCCCCUUGGCGCAAAACCUCCCCUCAGUAUUCUCCAAUCGGACGCCUCCUCGCAUCCUCAGCCUCCCUAUCUCCUCUGCGCGUGCGCAGUGGAUCUCCUUGUACCGCCCCGAGCUCUCGAAAGUCGAUACGACCGCCUCCAAUAGAUGAUCCUCGGAAGCCUUCACGUUGUACCAGGACAGUCUUGUCUGUGUCCCCAGACGUGCCAUCAUGUUCCCAACGCGACAGCAGCAGGGGUCGCCGUUCUUGCCCCAGUACGGCUGUUACCCGUCACCUCCGAGUUCAUCUCCGCCUCAGUACACUCACGCGUAUCAGGCCUCGGCGACAGUGGACCUUCCGUGUCAAGGUCUUGGAGACCAGAGUUACUGGUCGACCGGAACGGGGACGUACCGUUACGAUGACUGGACCGGAGUUCAGAACGUGCCUUCGGUGCAGACUCCGUUCACGCUGUACGGCGCGACCGCUGCGUACGCGGCGGAUGCCCCACAGACGACCACGACCCCAGACUCGGGCCUUGCGGUGUCUUGUAGCGACGUCAGCGGCACGCCUUCGCCCGGAGGUCAACCACAGCAAGGAAGCCCACAACAGCGACCUGCACCAGCGAGGUCGCCCUUUGAAUGGAUGAUGAAACCGGCGUAUCCAAUGCAACCCCAUUCUGGAAAAACCCGAACGAAAGACAAGUACCGCGUAGUGUACAGCGAUCACCAGCGACUAGAACUGGAGAAGGAGUUCCACUACAGCCGAUACAUCACGAUCCGACGAAAAUCCGAACUGGCCGCCAUGUUAGGCCUGAGCGAGCGCCAGGUCAAGAUCUGGUUCCAGAACAGGCGAGCCAAGGAGAGGAAGCAAGCGAAGAAGCGCGAUGAGGUCAUCCAGAAGGAACAGCAUCAGCAGCAACAGCAGCUGCAUCAGCAGUUGAACUCCGUGGUCGGUGUGAUGCCCAGCAUCAAAUCGGAAGUGAUUCAGCAGUUUCCCACCGAAGCCUAUUCUUAGGACUGUUUUUUUCCCCCCCGAGACUUUUCACGCGCGUAUCACGUUGGACGGGCUCUUCAGCCGUGCCGAAACAACGACACGAUGGCCCAGGACAAGGACGGUGACUCGUCCCGCAGUCAAUGACCGAUGGAGCACACAUCAAAUCAUCGCCGCGUGCACUCCAUGCAAUGCACGCACGUGCAGUGUUUCUGCGAGAGAACUGUUGGUGCUGUUACGAACACGACUCUGUGUAUAGGGUGCUGCGCCAAGAACUGCGCACCACAUGACCGUUGCGCUUCUGCCUAUAGCUUCCAUCCUCCAGUCAAAAGGACGUGCAAUCGUUUAUUGUUAUUCGUAUUUUAUUGUUGUACGCUUUCACCGUAAAAAAAAAAAAAAAAAAAAAAACGGAACUAAUGGCAUAAUACGCUUGGGGCCAGCCACUCAUUUUGUGAAGCACAACUUCACCACAUAACACGAUGACGGCCAACCAUUGUACAGAGUGAUAUACCGUUAGCAGUUCUUAUUUGUGCAAAGCGCCGGGCGUACGCCGUUUUGUGAAGAUUAACGUAACUGCAUGAGUGUCACAAAAUGGCGUACUCCAUCCGUUUUCAACAGAUCAAGUGCAUGGGGCGGUUAGCUGGACGCGUGUUAUGCGGUGAAGUUCUGUUUCAAGAGUGCUGCGCAGAAUUAUUAACCAUUAUUACCUCUCGUUUUGGGAAGAGAGUGGGGCGUACGCCAUUUCGUCACAUUUUAUAGAUAUGGAAAGUGUCAUAAAAAUGCGUACACCUCCCUCUCCACAAAUAAAUCACGCGCUAUCAUUCUCUAUCGAGGUUUGGCUCUGAGCGUGUAAUGUGGGAAAGCUCUGUUUUUAGAAUGUUUGAUAUGUACACUAUAUGACCUGCCUCGAAAACAGGUGCGCUGGUGCAAGCCUUUGGGCGUUCCUAUAUCACCGAGUGACUUCCUAAUUUUAUUUCUGCUACAAAAUCAAGACGAUUGCCUCUCUUUUUUUCCCCUUCGAUAUACGUAUAUAUUAUAUAUUACUGCGCAGCAUUAUUGUUCGACAUUAUUAUUUUAGUAAGAAAGUAUCUUAACUGUUCACUUGGACCGGAGCAGAGCUGUGCCAAAUCAAUUUGAAUGCUUUGUGUGAAGAAAGCAACAUCUUUGAAAAUAGAAUACUAGAUAUGCAUGGUGAACGCAGUAGCAAAAUUCGGUGCACCCCUACCCCCUGUACGGACACACACAAAUAAAGAGACGAAGAAAAAUUCCCAAAAGCUAGCAUGAUGAAAUCCUGUUAAAUAUUCUGCCCGUUUCGGAGCCGACUACACUCUUAAAAAUGAACUUCACCGCAUAGCACGCUCCUGGCCAACCAUCAGCUCGAAUGAUAUCGUUAUCUGCCCUGAUUUGUUGAAAACGGUAGGCGUACGCCUUUUUUGUGACACUUAUGCGGUUCAUAAUUGUCACAAAAAUGGCGUACGCCUCCCGUUUUCAACAAAUCAGGGCAUGUAACGACAUCGUCCGAGAUGAUCGUUGGCCAGGAGCGUGCUAUGCGGUGAAGUUCAUUUUUAAGAGUGCAGGUGUACCUUUUUCUCUUCUCUUUUCUUCUUCUUUCAGUUUCGUUUUGGUUCAAAUAUGCAUACGUAUUUUAUUAUCUGACGUUUUGAUAUCUCAUUGUACAGUACCAGCUUUAUGUUAUAGCCUCAUCUUGUAUAUCACGUCAUCAUAUCUAUAGGCUCAUUAUGUGUGUUCAUCCGAUCCUACACUCUUAGAAAUGACUUUUUAUCGCAUAGCACGCUCCUAGCCAACCAUCAUCUCGAAUGAUAUCAUUAUCCGCCCUGAUUUGCUAGAAAAACGGGAGCCGUACGCCUUUUUUGUGACAAUUACGAAGAGCAUAAGUGUCACAAAAAAGGCGUACGCCUCCCGUUUUCAACAGAUCCGGGCAGAUAACGAUAUCGUUCGAGAUUAUGGUUGGCUAGGAGCGUGCUAUGCGGUGAAGUUCGUUUUUAAGCGUGUACGCUGUACAUUUCAUUCGUGCACAGUAUACUUUACUGUGCAGCUUCAUUAACUGAAUCAACUUUGAACAAAAGAAAAAAAAAAGUGUCGCGAUUUUGCAAUGUAAAUAAAUUAUGUCUCUCAGGUGGA